AUGUACAAUUCAAAUUGCGACCCCUUUAAAAAAGAAAAACGAAUAAAAGAGUCUAUAUUACCAAGCUUAUUGAUGUUUUUUAUGUUGUUUGCCAAGAAUUCAUUCAGUUUAAAAUCACCGUUAAGAAUUAUUGGAGGAAAUGACACGAACCAAGAUGAGUAUCCAUAUAUCGUUCGUUUAGAAGAACAGACUAUGGAAAAUUUCACCAAUAACACUAUUAUUGCCAAGCAUGAUCAUGUGUGUACGGGAUCAGCACUUUCAGCAACCUGGGUGCUAACUGCGGCCCACUGUUGUCUUGUAACGCAUAGUAAUACUGAGAAACUUGUAAUAAGAUACGGGCACCUGCAUAAUUCACCAUUAGUUAACGAUUCAUUUAGUGAUGUUUUAUACACAGUCAGACAUCCGUUAUACACAAUCACAUACGGAGAGUUACUCAACCGAGUAAUGAAAAAUGACGUUGGUCUAGUGCGGACAACACCUAUGAAUAUAUCACGUUAUAUUAAACUUAGUGCUACAGAUUACUUGUCUUUGUAUGGCCACGAAGCUAUUAUUGCCGGUUAUGGAAUAACUAGGGCUGCUGUUCUAGGAGAUAAAAUUCAAACAGCCUCUACUCUUGAGCUGAAAAAGCCACUGCAAGUUUUGAAUGUGCUAAUUACUAAAUGCACAUAUGAUGAGCGAUUGGCUCCAGCCUUUUGCUUAGCUCCGAAGUGCGACCAGAAAGCUACUGUAUGUGGAGGCGAUUCAGGUGGGCCACUUAUCCAUCCUUCAGGGCUAGUAGGAGUAUUAUCUUUAGGAGAAAGAUCCGGAGAUUGCUUAGAUCCAACCAAAAAGAGGCAUGUACAUGUACAUGUCUCAGCAAGAAGAUGUGGCCAUCGAGUUACAGCUUGCGAAGGAGAUUCUGGUGGUCCUCUUAUUCAUACAUCGGGUAUAGCAGGAAUCUUGACUUUAGGAGAAAAAACAGCUGAUUGCUUAGCUCACGUAGCAAAAAAAUCAACGAAUGUUGCUGGUAUUGCUUUACCAAUUAGCUGGCUGCUAUCUGAUACAGGAACUUUGGGAAUGAUGGAACUUGAAGAAUAUGGUCCCAGGGGAUCAGCAGUGUGA